AUGCCCUCAACCAAAUCACCCGCCUCACCAUACAAACUCCGUUCACUACCCGUUAUCGACAUCGCACCAUGGGUAGCACCCGAGUCCGCUCAUGUCCGAGGACAUAACGGCGGACGACGAUCGACGAGUGCUGCUCUUCAUGCGGCGUGUCUGACCUAUGGGUUUUUUUACCUUGAUGUUUCGAGUUAUGCGGACCAGGAGGAGAUGGAAGAACUUUCGGAGCUUGCGAGACGGUUCUUUGCACUUCCGCAAGAGGAGAAGGAUAAGCUUGCGCUUGCGAACCAGGAUGGUGCGCGAGGAUACCAAAGAUUAAAGGAGAACGUAACGAACGGCAAAGCGGAUAACCACGAAGGACUCGACUUCUACGCUCCCGUAGAACAAACGGACAAGUCUAAACCAUUACAUGGAGAGAACCAGUGGCCUUCGGAUGAGGUCAUGCCUGGGUUUCGUGAGCGAUUUGAGAAGUGGAUAGAGAAGAUGAAGAAGCUUGGGAUGAUUGUUAUGGAAGCAAUGUCUGUUGGACUUGGUAUGACGCCUGAGGAAUGGGAGCAACUGAAGAGCAAGGUGGACAACUCGUUCUGGGUUAUGCGCGCCAUAGGCUAUCCACCACUUCCUAAUGACUACGAUGGCUACUCAUGUGGAGCACACAACUUCCUCUACGCAGACCCAACACCAAACGCACUCCAAGUCUUCCUUCCACAGGACGGUAUACUAGAUGAUGCCGCCACUACGCCUGCGGUGCUUGAUGAGCAGAACGGUGAGAAGGGCGUAUGGAUCAAUGUGGAUCCGAUGCCUGGUUGUGUUGUUUGUAACAUCGGUGAAAGUAUGUCUGAAUCUCCUUGCCUUUCGGUUUGGAUGGGAUGGGUGUGGGAGGUCUGGACGAAUGGGUUGUAUAAAAGUACUUUACAUCGUGUUGUUCAUCAAGGAUCAAACUACCGAAUACCCUUCUUCUUCGAACCAAACUUCACCGCACGCGUCGAACCUCUAGCAGCAGCACUCCGUCUGCAAAAGGAUUCCAUACAACCCGCUUACGCACACUACGAGCCUGUUGUGUAUGGGGAGUUUUUGUUGAAGAAGGUUGCGGGUAACUUUGCUUCGGGUAAGGGGAAGUAUGAUUAA